CACCGGUUUGUCCCGCACUGAGAUGGCCGUGACUGACUCUUGCACUGUAUUACCCACGUGGUGUAGAUGGAGACUCCCUCCAGCCCGUGUUUUAUUUUUUGACACCGGAAGUAGAUCUCCUGUCUGUCUCCUAGCAGCGGGCGGGUGAGGGCGCUGCUGGGGCAGGGCACUGGUUGCUGUUCUCACCCCCGGCAGACUGUGAGAUACCAUGUGCGACUAAAAUGUUUUCGAGGUAGUUUCACUUAAUGAGGUUAUGGGAGAGAAGGAGCCAUGUCGGAAGAAGCUGUUAGUGAGACACACUUUUCUUUGAGGACAGCAGCUUUACGGGUAUUUGAUUUUCCCCUUUCCUGGUAUUAUUCUGUCAUCCAGGUAAAACUUUCCCCUGGGUUGAAGAAGCUGUUUGUAGUAACAGCAGUAAGUGCAGUUUCUGUAAUUUUUCUGGCCCAUCAUUUUAAAAGAAAACGUGGAAAGAAAAACACAAAAGUGUCAGCAUGGGAGCCAGGCCAUCUUGUAUUAGAAUGUACUAAAACAGCUGCAUCAGAAAAAGGUUCCAGUUGUUCCAGUAGCAGACAAAACUUGACUCUUUCUUUGAGUUCAGCCAAAGAAAAAGGAUCUCAGUCUUGUAUUUAUGCAAAUGGAGGACUUUUCAGUAAAUAUUCUGGUUCAGUACAAAGUUUGGCCUCGGUCCAAAGUGUCACCUCCUCUCACAGUUGUGCUUGUGCCAAUUCCAGUUCCUGGGACAAAGCAGAUGAAGAUAUUAAACUUGUAAAUAUUCCAGUGACCACACCUGAAAACUUAUACUUGAUGGGUAUGGAGCUUUUUGAAGAGGCACUACGUCGAUGGGAGCAGGCACUGACUUUCCGUAGCAGACAGGCUGAAGAUGAAGCAAAUUGUAGUUCCAUCAAACUAGGAGCAGGAGAUGCCAUUGCAGAAGAGAGUGUAGAAGAUAUCAUUAGUGCUGAAUUCAUUCAUAAGCUUGAAUCCUUGCUUCAAAGAGCUUAUCGUCUUCAGGAGGAGUUUGAGGCAACCCUUGGGGCAUCUGAUCCUUCUUCCCUAGCUAAUGAUAUUGAUAAAGAUACCGAUAUAACUGUGAAGGAUAACGCACAAGAUUUCUGUCUGCGAGAUACACUGAGCAUUGCAUCAACAGACUCCUUUGUUUCAGCAGCUGAGUUCUCUGAUUCCAGAAAUCCUGCUGCUAAAAACCGAGCCACAAUAGAGCUUACUGAACACAGAGAGAUCCGAAAUACCUAUGGUCUAGAGUCUCUUUGCCAUUGUCCAUUAUAUGAAGAAGCUAUGCACUUAGCAGAAGAGGGCAAAAUUUAUUCCAGAAUAUUAAGGACUGAAAUGUUGGAGUGUUUGGGGGACAGUGACUUUCUUGCUAAGCUUCACUGUAUUCGACAGGCUUUUCAGGUCUGUAUUGCCUGGAAAUUUUUCCAGGUAAUUCUUUCAGAAACAGCUAACAGAAUAUUUCUUGCUGAGAGUGGAAGAAAAAUUUUGUCUGCUUUAAUUGUGAGAGCUCGAAAGAAUCCAAAGAAAUUUGAAGAGGUCUUUGAUGAAAUGAUACAUUUUUUAGAGCAAACAGACCACUGGGAUAAUACUGAAAUGGAACUUGCUGCCAGGGGGGUGAAAAAUCUAAAUUUUUACGACAUUGUUCUGGACUUUAUAUUAAUGGAUUCCUUUGAAGAUUUAGAGAAUCCACCCACAUCUAUACAGAACGUAGUAAACAACCGCUGGCUAAAUUCCUCUUUUAAAGAAACUGCUGUGGCUUCAAGCUGCUGGUCAGUACUGAAGCAAAAAAGGCAGCAAAUGAAGGUACCUGAUGGUUUUUUUGCACACUUCUAUGCCAUUUGUGAGCAUGUCAGUCCUGUUUUGGCAUGGGGCUUUUUGGGACCUAGAAACUCUCUUUAUGAUUUAUGCUGCUUCUUUAAGGAUCAAGUUCUUUACUUCCUCAAAGACAUUUUUGACUUUGAAAAGGUGCGAUAUUCAACUAUGGAGAAUUUAGCUGAAGAUCUUAUGCAAUUGCUAAUGCGUCGCACUGAACUUUUAAUGGCCUACCUUGGAGCCGAUUCACUAAGGCAUGUCAGUGAUUGCAUAAAUGGUCAUGGACACAUCGUGGCCAAUGGGCUUUUGGAAGAAAAAGUACAAUAAGCUUAAAAAACCUAAAUUGAGUGCACCUUGCCUUUUUUUUCCCCCUCCAAUGCUGUCAUUGCUAUUUUUGAGCAAACAUCUGAAUAUGUAACUGUGUUGCUAAAUAUGGAAUGGACUCAGGGAGAUUUAAAAAAAAAAAA